AUGGUUAAGAUGGUUAAGACUUUAAGUAUUUGUCUAUUAUUGUGGCAUAUUUUAGUUAAGGUCAAAGCUUACAAAAAUCGUUUAUACACGAUAGCUAACUUCGACGAGAGUCGAACUCGAGGAUACAAAUGUGCGGUGUACGAAGGUAUCACAUUUAAAGAAGAGAACGGGCAAUGGGUGUACAAAGAAGAUUUAAGUGUUCUAGAGGAAAAAGAACUGCGGGGCACCUCGGAUCCGACAGACAAUGAAACAUUUGAAAAUCCCUUUGAUAUUUUUGAGCAGAAUCUUCAUAAGUUCCUGUUCGGGGAAAAUAUUGAACUUGAAGAAAACCCCGACGACCCAAACAUACUCAAAUAUGAAGAGGGAAACAAGACUGACAUCUUCAAGCAUUAUGUUAUAGGAAAUUAUUUCCACGCAGAGACAUUCAACAAUAAAAGCGCUGUACAUUUGCCGCCGACAGAGUUCGUACAGCGCGGACAUUGCUAUCUAAAUAUAACCAGGGAUUACAUGCAGACCGCUGUCAAUGCGUUUGCAAUUUUUCUCUAUGGAUCCAUUGCAGACAUACAACAAAUGCCCGCUGACUACAUCUUGAGAUCUAGCCGGACUAUAGCCAUGAUGAAGAUAGCCAGAGAAAAGAUUGCUGUAACUUGGACAAUCGUCAAAGGCAAUCGGAGUACCAACGAGAUAACGUCUGACGUAUUGGAGCUGUACCGUCCCCUGUUUAAAUAUAUCAAUGGAAGAGAAAUAGCCAGACUGAAUUUAAGUGAUGAAAGGAUUUUAACAUAUAUUGGUACUCAUUCCGAUCUAGACAGACAUCAGGUUGGUGUUGUUGCGAGUAAAUAUAUUGAGAUCAACCCAAAUUGGUCGCAACCUAAAUAUUUAAAUCUGAUGAAUAAUCUGCUCUGCGGCGUACCGAUGACUUUUAUGAGGAAGAUUCCAGAAAAUUCAUACCUGCAGCUUUCACGUCAGGUAUUUUAUCACAUAAAAUCCUGCGAUCCCCUCCAAAGACGAUUCUAUUUAUCGAUGAUGACAAGGACGCAAGCACUUGGUAAAUCUUACAGCUGGGAUGCCAGAGAUGUGUCGAGGCUGGGUAUUCUGUUAGCUGAAGUAAAUGGGGAGGAUCUCAGUUCCAUAAAACCGGAAGCCAUGUCUGGAAUCGCUUCUAAGGUAAUGCUACAUAUACCAGCUCGAAACUUAAAACAUUUGACUGAUAUACAAAUGCAACACCUGGGUCCCAAGUCAUUUAAUAUCCUUACGAGAAAAUUGAAAAUUUACGAGGAUCAGAAACAAUUGUACGAAGCUUCGAAAGGGUGUAGGUCAUUUGUAUGUGUUACAAUUUUGUUUUUAAAUAUUCUAAGGAUAUGAAAGAAAACAGUGCAUUUAUAAUAAGUUAUAUUGAACCAAAACGCGCAACGGAGGCAGAUGAAAAGAAGACAACCCGUUUCCUUGGGGGCACGCUUGUAACUGAAAAUAUCCUUUUAUAUUGAUAAAUAAAUAAAAAAUAUAUGUCCA